UUAUCUUUAGCAAACUCUUUUUGUUUGAUUCCGUUUUCUGAUUGAAGGAGAAAACACUUUCUUCUUAUUUUAACAUGUAUUGAUUUGUUUAUUCUGAAGACGAAUGCAGAAGAUUACUGGAAUAUAGCCUAACUUCAAUAAUUUUUUCUUCCUUCACUGGAGACAAACAAAUUCCUGCAAGCAGCUUGUCAGUGUCACAAUCUUUUUGGUUCACAUCUCGAGUGAAUAAAAAAGAAACUGUGUGAGCUGAUGUGGAUGGAAAUUCAACAGCAUGGAUCAGAAAAGUGAAAGGACUCAUCAGUGGUCAAAACUUGAAUCCAGUGAUGUCUCCCCCACAUCAUCACUGAACCCGUCAAAGGGAGACAUCACUGGAUUCAGCAGUGAUUUGUCCAAAGACGGAUCAGACCAACCUUCAUCCUCAGACAGGAUCCAUCAGGAGCCCAGCUGUGUAUCCUUCAGGAGUGAUUUUUCCAAGGACAGGGUUCCUAACUUUAACUCAGAGGUUCCUUCUCCAGAGAGGAUCCAUCAGGAGCCCAGCUGUGUGUCUUUCAGAAGUGAUUUUUCCAAGGACAGGGUUCCUAACUUUAGCUCAGAGGUUCCUUCUCCAGAGAGAUUGGAUGAGCAGAGCUCAGAUGUUCCCAGUGACCAGUCUGAACAGCACACUGGAGAACAGCUGGACUCUACAUUUAAGCUGCUGAAGGAAAAGAUUGUAACUUAUGUGAAUGGCGAGCUAAAGACAAUCCAGGAUGUCCUGGAACCAAAUAAUACAGAAGGUUUGGAUAGUCCGUGGGAGUUUGAUGAGGAGUCAGACAACGAGGAUGAAGAGCUGAACAAGAGCAACAAGGAGGCACUUUUAAAGAUCACACUGAACUUCCUGAAGAAAAUGAAGAAAAAGAAUCUGGCAAAUCGUCUGAAGAACAAACUUUAUACUGCAGUUUCCCAACAUCAACUAAAAUCAUCUCUGAAGAAGAAGUUCCAGUCUGUGUUUGAGGGAAUUCCUAAAGCAGGAAACCAAAUGUUUCUAAACCAGAUUUACACAGAGCUCUACAUUACAGAGGGAGGAAGUAGAGAGGUCAAUAAAGAACAUGAGGUCAGACAGAUUGAAAUAGUGUCCAUGAAGCCACAGAGACCAGAAACAACAAUCAGAGAAGAAGAAAUUUUUAAACUCCCACCUGGAAGAGUUGAACCAAUCAGAACAGUGAUGACACAGGGAGUGGCUGGCAUUGGGAAAACAGUCCUAACACAGAAGUUCACUCUGGACUGGGCUGAAGAUAAAACCAACCAGGACAUUCAAUUCAUAUUUCCAUUCACAUUCAGAGAGUUGAAUCUGCUGAAGGACAAAAACUUCAGCCUGGUGGAACUUGUUCAUCAAUUCUUUACUGAAACCAAACAGAUCAGCCAGUUUGACCAGUUCCAGGUUCUGUUUGUCCUUGAUGGCCUGGAUGAGUGUCGACUUCCACUGGACUUCACCAACAAGGAGAUCCUGACUGAUGUCACACAGUCUGCCUCAGUGGAUGUUCUACUAACAAACCUCAUCAGGGGGAAACUGCUUCCUUCAGCUCGCCUCUGGAUAACUACAAGACCUGGAGCAGCCAAUCAGAUCCCUCCUGGGUGCAUUGACAUGGUAACAGAGGUCAGAGGAUUUUCUGACCCACAGAAGGAGGAGUACUUCAGGAAAAGAUUUUUAGAUGAGGAGCAGGCCAAGAGGAUCAUUUCCCACAUGAAGGGAUCACAGAGUCUCCACAUCAUGUGCCACAUUCCAGUCUUCUGCUGGAUCACUGCUACAGUUCUGGAGGAUGUGUUGAAACCUAAACAUGGGGUGGAGUUACCAAACAGCCUCACUGAGAUGUACAUCCACUACCUGGUUGUUCAUACCAAAGUGAAAACAACAAAGUACGACAAAGGGAAAGAGACUGAUUCACCUUGGAGUACAGAGAGCAGGAUGAUGAUUGAGUCUCUGGGGAAACUGGCUUUUGAGCAGCUGCAGAAAGGAAACCUGAUCUUUUAUGAAGAUGACCUUGCAGCAUGUGGCAUAGACAUCAGAGCAGCUUCAGUGUACUCAGGAGUUUUCACUGAGCUCUUUAAAGAGGAGAGAGGGCUGCACCAGGACAAGGUUUUUUGCUUUGUCCAUCUGAGUGUUCAAGAGUUUCUGGCAGCUCUCUAUGUCCAUCUGACCUUCACCAAAGAUGGUCAUAAUGUGAUGGAACAAAAACAAGUAUCUUCCAAGAUUCUCACAUUUUAUAGCAAACCAAAACUAACAAAUCUCCAUCAGAGUGCCAUUAAUAAGACGAUGAAAGAUCCAAAUGGACAUCUGGACUUGUUCCUCCGCUUCCUUUUGGGUCUUUCAGUGCAGAGAAAUGAGAGACUUCUGGAAGGUUUGGUGACACAAACAGGAAGUAACUCACAGACCAACCAGGAAACAAUCCAGUUCAUAAAGAAGAAGCUCAACAAUUAUUUGUCUGCAGAAAAAAGCAUCACGCUCUUUCACUGCCUCAAUGAACUGAAUGAUCACUCCCUGGUGGAGCAAGUCCAGAAAACUUUGAGCUCAGGGAAUCUCUCCACAGAUACUUUAUCUCCGGCUCAGUGGUCAGCUCUGGUGUUCGUCUUACUGACAUCAAAAAAAGAUCUGGACAUGUUUGACCUGAAGAAAUAUUCAGCUUCAAAGGAGGUUCUUCUAAAGCUGAUGCCAGUGGUCAAAGCUUCCAACAAGGCUCUGCUUGGUGGCUGUGACCUCACAGAAGAGAGCUGCAGAGCUUUAUCAAAAGUCCUCAGCUGCCCGUCCUCCAGUCUAAGAGAAUUGGACCUGAGUAACAACAACCUGGAGGAUUCAGGAGUAUCGGCUCUAGUAGAAGGACUGAAGAGUCCAGAUUGCAAACUAGAAACUCUGAGUUUGUCAGGCUGUCUAUUAACAGAAGAGGCCGGUUCUCAUCUGGCUGAAGCACUGGGCCCCGACUCCCGUCUGAGAGAAUUGGAUCUGCGCUAUAAUCAUCUAGGAUCCUUAGGGGAAAAGAUUCUGACCAAUAAAAGAUCAGAAUCCAAACUGGAGACUCUCAUCAGAUUGAGACCUGCAGGAACAAAAUGGUUGAAACUUGGUUUGAGAAAAUAUAUCUGUCAACUCAGAAUUGACACAAACACAGUCGGAAAAGAUCUCAAACUAUCUGACAAAAACAGAAGGAUAACAAACGGGGAAGUGGACAUGCCAUUUCCUGAUGAUCCAGCGAGAUUUGAUUAUCCUCAGCUACUAUGUGAAGAUAAACUGGACGGUCGCCAUUCCUGGGAGGUCAAAUGGAGAGGAGUGGUUUUCAUAUCCGUCAGUUACAAAGGAAUUAAGAGGAAAGGAGACAGUGAUGACUGUGUGUUAGGAGGGAACAGUCAGUCCUGGAGUCUGGGCUACUCUGAUGGGGAUGGUUACUCUGUCUGGCACAAUAAUGAAAAAAUACCCUGCACGCCCACAGCGGUCACUGAAAGAGUAGCAGUGUAUGUAGACUAUGAAGCUGGCAUUCUGUCCUUUUACAACAGAUCCUCUGACAAACUGAUCCACCUCCACACCUUCAACACCAAGUUUACAGAACCUCUUUAUGCUGGGUUUGCAUUAUGGAGUCCCGGUUCCACUGUGUUGCUGUGAAGUCUCAUCCUGUCAAAGAAACACCUUAUAGCUAAUGAUGAUAAAGUCCAAACAUCAUCAUUGUUGUACUUCAAACACAUUUGUUUAAAAUUAAAGAUGCAUUUUUUUAUUUUUGAGUAUAAAAGUCUGUCCCGAAGCUUUAUCAAUAGGUCAUUUUUAACAGAAAUCUGAGUGUUUUAUUUUCUGUGUAAUAGAUAUCUUUCUUGGGUUUCCUUUAGACAAUAAAAUCCAAAGAAUGGAGGGUAGAUGUUGCUUCAGUAGAAAAACUAGAGUCUAGAUUCAAUUCUUAAUAUGUAUAAAGCGGUUUCCUAAUUAUUAUUCUGUGAAGAAAUUAUUUGUUCGCUGGAGUCUCAACUCCCAGAAAAAUGCCAUGUUUAAACAAACUUCCAUGUAACAGAUCUCCCAGUAAUGAUGUAAGAAGGAAUUCAUGAGUUUGUGUGUAAACAAAACUUCAGGUUUUCUUUCAGAAUGUUUAGUUUUUAUAGAUAAAAUUGUAGUGUUUUUUAAAAGUAACAUUUUUAUCUGUUAUUUGGUAUGCUACAUUUUGAGUCAAUCAUUUGAUUUACAUGUUUUUAUUGUUAUUGUAAUUAUUGAUGAUAUGUGGUAAUUUUUACUGGGAUGUAUUGGAACGAAUGUUGCGGCUGUUAUGCAGUCGUUCAUUUAAUCGAACAUGUGAUGUAAUUACAUAAAAAAUAUCUUAGUGCUAUUAAUCAGAAAGGAGGACUUUCUCCUCUCUAAGUGUCUUCACUUUCUCUAUGGUUGCUGUUACUGGGAGGUCAAAUAAAAAGGGGAUGGGUAUUUUCCUUAUAGUGAGUUUUUUUAAUCAAAAAAAUAUCAUAGAUUUUUAAUUAAAGUGCUCCUUGUCAGGAUUAUACGGAGCACAUAUAUUUUCUGGCUCCAUAUCUAUAUGUUGGGGUUUCUGUUGUAAAAUUCAUCUGUGAAGUUUAAUCUUAAAACAGUGUUUAAUGUACUUACUGGUUUUCUGUUUAUUCAUAUAGUACUGUCAUUAAACUGUGUUCCA